CGCGGUCAUGGCGCCCGUGUCGCGCCCGCGCCCCAGUUUCGGGUUCGUCUUCGAUUCCCCUCUCUUCUCCGACAAGACCCUCCGCCUGGAGGUGGUUGCUGCUGCCGCCGAUACGACUCUGGCAGUCUCGAGGAAGCGCCCCCGCGAGGAUCUUAACACAGAUGAUGUUACUUCACCAGACACUGUAAAGAAGAGGCAACAGGCAUAUGAAAGAAGGGAUGAGUCUACUUUGGAGGAAAGCGAUGAGUCUGCUGACAAUACAAAAAACCAAGGGUGUGCAGGGGUCAUUGUGGUUGGCAAUACAAACCCAGCGAAACCACAGAUUAUCAAGGAAAAGGAUAUGAAUGAUGAUAAGUCAACUGAUUUCUCCAGGAAAGAAAGAGAGAUUGAAAAGGAAGGAUCUUUAGCGUACUAUGCGAGGUUUCAAGGGGGAGGAAAGACAGAACAUGCUGUCCAAGGCUUGGAUAAUGUGCAGAAAACACCAGUCCUUUGUGUUAAACAUAUUAGGAUUUCCUCAAUGCUCUUAGCUUCUGAAAGCCAAUUUUUCCAUAAGCUUUUUACAAACGGCAUGAUGGAGUCUAAUCAGAACAUCAUUUCACUUCAAGUGUCGGAAGAAGAGGUUGAACCGGUGCUGGAAAUAAUAAAUUUUAUUUAUAAUGGAGAAUUUAGCAAAUUGGACCCCAAGGAUUUGCUUACCACUCUACUUACAGCAGACAAGUAUGAAGUUUCUCGAGCUAUUAUUGAGUGUGGAGAAUUAUUAUUCAAAUCAGAGAUGACACUUGAGACUGCUUUGAUAUUGUGA